AUGUCUCUCCUUCACAACGAAGACUUUGCGAUUUGGCAAUUACGCUCCUCAUAUCUCUCGACAAUUAAAGAUGGAAUCGGAGACCGACUCAUUACUGUCAAUGACUCUAUUCUGAACACACCUGGCUUCCGCGCCGCGGGCUGGUCAACGACCUCUGCGUACCCCAACACACACAGCUCUUCCCACCUCAGGCGCUCAUACUCCCCACCGAUCCCAACCACAGCAAACGUUUCCUCCGAAUACUACAGGCUCGCGGAACGAAACGCGAAACCCGCGCAGGAUGAUGUUCAAGGCCUCGGCUUGGAGGAUGGCGAGGAUGAUGGUGGCAUGGUGACCGGCAAAAGCCACGUCGACACAACUGGGCGACGGCAUCACGCGCGCGGGGGAAAGAAGAAGAGUCGACGCGAAAGGCAACAAGAGGCCCAGAGGCAGGCAGAAGCCGAGGACGACGACAGCAGUGAUCUGAGCGACGACAGCGACGAUGAUGGGGACAACGUUGGCAGUGCUAUUGAUCAAAUCAAGUUCAACAAAAUGCCCAUUCGCCGAGAUCGCGCCGAUUCCUCUCCAAUGCGCUCCGAAGACCAGCGUGAUCGACCAGAGGUGAUGAUCACAUCUCCUUCAACACAGAACGUUGCGAAUCAAUACCAUGCACCAACUCGCCCUCGAAGGGACACGACUACUAGCAGUGACCUUUCUACGGACAAUGAAGCGGAUUCCCGAAGCUACAAACCAGGACAGGUCCAAUUCUCCGGCAGUGAUCACAUUGUCGAACAUACUCGCAGGCGACGUGAGCGAACUGGAAGUCGAGGAGCAGAGAGCAUAGCUCUCGGAGAACUUCAUGAAGAAGACGAGGACUCGGGAGCCGAGUCCGUUGGGUCUGCGCUCUCAUCUGACUUUGAUAACACAGCUGGUUCUGGUUCCCUACUGCUGGCAGGUGUCGCAGAUGGCUUGAACUCAUCAUCUCCAAUGGUUUUGAUGAACAAGUUGCCGCCUGGGACUGGGCCUCAGAAUACUUCACCACGCAAGCCCAAAGCACCUGCUCCUGCAUUGCAACAACUUCCUCCCCCACGUCCCAUCAGUAUGAUACAGCCGGUCAGUUUAUUGACUAGUCAGCUCAAGUCUCGGAAGCGUGCACCAAGCAACCCAGUGGAGAAGUUUAUGGUGCUCUAUGGGCAAGGCCAGGAUGAUCCCUUGUAUCUGAAGAUCUACGUCCCCUUUGCAAGUGACGCCGAAGAACCACUAGACAUGCCAAUUUUGCGCGAAUCUAAACUUGCAGAUCAGCCCGCCCUCGUUACCGUCGCUGAGACAAUUGGUCUUGCACUGUGGAAGUUUUCUGCAGACUCUCGUGGCCCAGCGAUUGAGCGCGAGAAGCUAUCAGUGAAUCGAUGGACUUUGCGGAUGGUCGAGGAUGGAGAAGUCGAAUUUGAUUUCCCAGCACUUGGGCGGACACUCCCAAUGUCGGAUUUCACUUCCAACAACAACAGUAAAUCCGGAAAGUCCCGAGGAAGGUCAAGGGGCAAGCCGUAUGACGAAUUCGCACUCGUGGAAGCCUCAGAGACCGAGUUCGAGAAUAACGAGCGUCUAUUCCCACAUUUCAGUACGACUGUUGGACCGGAUGAGAGUGAACAAGCGGCGACUCUCGCAGUACCUGGAGCACAAACACCCGGAGCGCAGACCCCUAACCAGCCCACUCCAGCCCGCUCAAACCCUAUUCUGGGUCAGCCGUUCUCCUCAGCGCUCAAUCACAGCACUCUUACCCCUGCUGAUCGACCUGUGGUUCCUAUCUCCCAUGCUACUCCCCGUCUUGGCGUUUCCAAGACAUUGAAGAUUCGUUUCGUCAAUACGGAGGCCUCCGCGCAUGUCAUGACCCUUAACACGUCUACCGACAGCUAUAUUGCAGAGAUAUUGGAUACUGUUUGCAAGCGCUGGGGCCAGGACAAGGGCAACUAUCUGCUGAAAGUGAUGGGAUCUAACACGAUUGCACCACUGGACCGCACUGUAGAGGCACUGGGUAGCAUCACAGAGCUUGACCUUGUGCGUCGUCGCUUCGGCGGCGGUCCUCUGGCAUUAGGAACAUCACCAGGCAGCUCAUCGCCAAACGCACCCCUCAUGGUAGAAACCUCCGACCCAGCCGCCUCCAAGAAGAGCAAGAAAGAAGCGAAAAAGGGCACUCAACGCAUGCUGCCCUCAUCCUCCCAGAAACAAGAUCAUCUUGGUGGCUAUUACCGUCGCUACCAUGUAUUCCGCAAGCAACCCAUGUCAUUCACAGCAUCCAACCACCGCAUCCUAACAUUCGAAAACGACUACAUGCACAUCGUUCCAGGGGACACAGGCAAAACAGCCUCCGGUGGCAAGACACGCUCGAUCAGCUUCAGUGAUGUGAUCGGAUCAAAGGUUAGUCGUCGACACCCCAAGAGUUUCCGGGUCAUGAUAGUUCGCGGCAACGAUGCCACAGAACAGAAGAGAUAUGACUUCGAGGCUAGGAGUACGGGUGAAGCUGUAGAGAUUGUGGAUGAGAUUAAGAAGAACAUGGCGCAUUAUCGCAUUUGA